AUGCAGCGAGCUGCUCAACAAUGUGCUGCCUACUACGGCAGCUACCAGCAGCAGCAGCAGCAGCAGCAGCAGCAGCAGUGGCAGCGCCGUUAUGAGGGGCAGCAGCAGCAGCAGCAGCUGCAGCAGCAGCAGCAGCGUCGGAAAAUCCCUCUCACGUCUCCAAAGGACAACCACUUCAGCAGCAGCAGCAGUAGCAGCAGCAGCAGCAGCAGCAGCAGCAGCAGCAGCAGCAGCAGCAGCAGCAGGAAGCACCACUUCCAGCGCCAGGCGGGCCGCCAGCUGACGCAGCAGCAGCAGCAGCAGCGGCAGCAGCAGCUGCUGCUGACCAAAGGGGGAGAGGGCUACAGCCGUUUUGCUGCUGCUGUUCCGCCGCAGCAGCGCAGCAGCAGCUUCAGAGACUCGUGGCACCCCCAAACCCCAGACCCUGCUGCACCUCUCAGUGUGGCUCAAUGGCGAGAAGUGCUGGGCCAGUGGCGGCGUCAAAUUCACAAGUGGUCGAACCUUCCUGGGGACGUUUACAACGAGUUGCUGCUGCUGCCGGUCUCUCGCCAAAUCGAUUUGCUGCAGUCUUUGCCCCCCAGCAGGCUGGACGUGCGGCAGCAGCCUGCUGCUGCUGCUGCUGCUGCUGCUGCUGCUGCUGCAGCAGGAAGCACUUCUGCUGCGCAGAAGCCAAGCGCUGGAGAAGGCGCAGCAGCAGCAGCAGCAGCAGCAGGCAAAGAGGCGAACGGACAGCAGCUGCAGCAGCAGCAGCAGCAGCAGCAGCAGCAGCAGCAGCAGCAGCAGCAGCAGGUUGAGGCGCUCCUGGGCGUUGGCGACCCCAAACUGAUUUUAGCUGCUCCGACAGCUUUCAUUCCCAAGUGGUUUAGAUCAGCACUGCAUGCACCAGGCGUGGUCUGCGUGGGGGAAGCAGCUUUUGAAGCUGCUGCUGCCAGAGCAGCAGCCACGUUGAACGCAGCAGAGUCGGACGGGUCUGCUGCGCCUUCUGCUGCCUUUCUUUUGGCCCAGCAGCAGCUCGCUGACAUAUACGGCGCUGCUGCAGCUGCCCUAGCUCGUCAGCAGCAGCAGCAGCAGCAGCAGCAACGGGGGCAGCAGCAGCAGCAGCAGCAGCAGCAACUGCUGCGGCGUAUAGGCAAGCAGCGGCUGCAGCAGCUGCCUCUAGACUUGAGAUUCCGCGCUGAAAACCUGCAGCCUCCCCUUGUAGGUGGCAGCAGCAGCAGCAGCAGCAGCAGCAGCAGCAGCAUCAGCAAAGAGCAGCUGCAGCAGCAGCAGCAGCAGGCGGCGCUGCUGCUUGCUGCUGGCGGCGUCCUUUGCAGCGAGGAGCCGCCGCCCCUCUACAGCUGCCUUCGAUGGCGAUUAAAAAAACGAAAACGGCGUUCUACAAAGAUGGCUGCUGCUGCUGAUGGCGCUGCUGCCGUCGCUGCUGCUGCUGCCCCUGCAGCACCGUCUGUUGCUGCUGUUGCUGCUGCUGCUGUUGCUGCUGCUGCCGUUGCUGCUGCUGCUGUUGCUGCUGCUGCUGCUGCUACUCUGCAGCAACAACAUUUCCUGUGGCAGCAUCAACUGGCCCCACAACUGUGGGGAGGCCUGCGGGCCGCACCAUUUCCUUCGCAAGAGCCUCCCCGUUCGCACAAGGCCAAAAGACUGAUGAGCGAAGAGCUGAAGUUCCAAUCAAAAGCAGCAGCAGCAGCAGCAGCAGAAGCAGCAGCAGCUGCAGCAGCAGCAGCUGCUGCAGCAGCAGCAGCAGCUGCAGCAGCUGCAGCAGCAGCAGCAGCUGCUGCUGCAGCAGCAGCACUGACCUCUGCAUGCGUCGCUCCUCUGCUUCUUCCCCUCUUCAUUUAG